AUGAGUUUCACCGAGUUUCAGAAUACUAUAAUCCAAAAAUUGGAAAUGCAACGCGUGAAACGGGUUGAGAAUUUAUUCUAUAGAAUUUUAAUUUCCGUGUUGCGGGAUGAUGUGAAGUACGAUUCCUUCGUCAUAGGCAGUGACGAAGAUUUGCAAGUUUUGUUCCAUUGUAGUCAGCAGUUUUCCAAGGUGAGGAGCCCUAAAAUAUUGGCCAAGUUUAUAGAUGUGGUCUGUAAUUCAGGAGGUUUGAACCAGAAUCCUCAACCUUCAGCAAUGGUUGCCUGCUCUAGUUCAAUGUCUGUUGGUAUCUCUUCAUCAUCUGUGCCCGUGAUUGGUGGAACAUUGAAUGAUGUGAAAGAUGUACUGCGGGAUGAUGAUGAUGAUGAUUUGGAGCUUGCAAUGAUUACUGAUGAUAGCGAUGAUGACAUAGUGAGGAGUAAUCCAGCUGGGGGUGGUAGAGCGGCUAGUUCAGAAACUCAACAUUUCCACCAGCGCAGAGGUAUUUGGGAGGUAAAACGGUACAAUAGACCUCAUACUUGUCUGACCACGUCGAUAUCGAGUGAUCAUAGGAUGCUUGAUUACCAUGUGAUCUCGGCCUUCAUACUGCCUAAGAUUAGAGUUGAUGCUGCCGUGUCAAUCAAGGUACUACUGAAUGCAACCGAGGCACAUUUCAGUUUUAGACCGACUUACAAGAGAAUUUGGUUGGCUAAGCAGAAGGUCGGAGCUCAGAUUUAUGGAGAUUGA